AUGGCUACCGCCGCUGCACUUACACAAGGCAAGAAAGACUGGCUGGUGAUCCUACCAGAUCGUGAAGGUGCGUUAGACAAGAGAAUGGAACACUUUGACGAGCUACCUCCCAAGAUCGAGAGUGGCUUCAUGAAGGUUGGGGGUGCUUUGCUGGAGCAGCCUGAAAAGGAUGGUGAAAGCUUGAAGAUCGAAGGCAGCUUCAUGCUUGUGAGAGCUGACACCAAGGAAGAGGCUCUUGAUCAGUUGAAGGCCGACAUUUACACAACAUCGGGUGUCUGGGACAUGGAGCAGAUGAAGAUUUAUCCUGUAGGCUUGACAGAAACUCAACCCGUCCUGACUGAAGCUGACCUUUUGGUCCAGGUCAAGACCGCUUUCAUUAAGCCAUGA